AUGGCGCCAGCAGUCUCUGACAUUCGAUGCAACGGAGCAGAGAAGGCAAAGGCGAAAGCCCAUGUAAUGUUGCUUUCAUCAUUGGGGCAUGGCCACCUCAUUCCAUUCAUGCAGUUGGCCAAAAAUCUGGCCUCAAAGGGCCUAACAGUCAGCUUUGUCACCACCUUUCACCACAUCCCUUCGCUGCAGAACAAAGUGGAGGAAGCCCAGAAAGCCGGGCUGGACAUCCAUCUGGUCGAAGUGGAGAUACCCGAAGAUCAUCUGACGCUGGGCAAAGUGAACAGCAACAGCGUGCAAUGGCACCAGCUGCCGCCAUUGUUGGCCGCCGGCGAGCGCCUUCAGUACCACUUUGAGCGAUUUCUGGGACGGUUCUUGAAAGGCGAGAUAAACACGCUGCCACCACCGGCGUGUCUCAUUGCAGACGUGCUGCUCGGGUGGUCUUCUGCCGUGGCCCAAAAGUUCGGUAUUCCGCGGGUGAAUUUCGAGACGUCGGGCAUGUUCUCGGAGUCCGUGCAGCAGAUCGUUUGGGACCUCCUUCCGCGUAACCUCUCACGCACGCCGUCGGGGCGGUUCGUCGUGCCCGGCGUGCCAAGGGAAGUUAAGCUCACGCGCCUUCAGCUGUUGCCCGAGCUUCCCGAGGCAACGCCCGAGAACGGCACGCAUCAGUUCUGGUUGAGGCAGCGGGCAGGGAAUAAGCAGAGCUGGAGAACGAUCGUCAAUUCGUUUUACGAGCUCGAAGGGGAGUUUGCCGACCAUUUUGGGAGAGUUAAUGGGACUCUCAGAACCAUUGGGCCUUUGCUCCCGGCUGGGGCUUUUGAGAACCGGGAAGUUAUAAGAAUCGCGCCAGCUGUGGAAAUGGGGGUGAAUACGGAGGAGGAGAAGUGUAUGCAGUGGCUGGACGUGCAGACGGAGGGAUCUGUUCUUUAUAUUUCUUUCGGCAGUGAGAAUUCUAUAAAGACUCUGCAGAUUGAAGAGCUUGCUUUGGGUUUGGAGGCCAGUGGGGUGAAGUUUCUGUGGGUUCUGCGUAACCCAUCUGAUUCGGCGAAGAAGGACUUUUCUUCUGCUUUGGAUUUUCUCCCUGCGGGGUUGUAUGAGCGUGUGGUUGAAAAAAAAAAGGGGAUGUUUGUCUUAGGGUGGGCGCCGCAGCUUAGCAUUCUGGCGCACCCUGCUACGGGUGGAUUUCUGUCCCAUUGUGGUUGGAAUGCUGUGAUGGAGAGCACCACCAUGGGUGUUCCUAUGAUUGCUUGGCCGCUAUAUGCAGAGCAGCCGUUUAAUUCUAAGUUUGUGGUGGACGAGAUUAAAAUUGCAGUGGAAGCCCCUCAGAGAAUUGAGGAAAAUUGGUUGGUGAGCAGGGAUGAUGUGGAGAAAGUGGUGAGGAUGUUAAUGGUGGAAGACAAGGGGAAAGAAUUGAGGACCAGGGUCAAACAACUAAGGGUGGCUGCCCAAGUAGCGGUCGCCCCUGGAGGAUCCUCUUUUACUAAUUUCGAUCUUUUCGUCUCAGAAAUCAAGUCGCUACAACAAGUUUAA